ACUUUCACUGCUGCUACUCAUGUUGUGUUUGCUGAAUUAUAUUGGGAUCCAGGCCACAUAAAGCAAGCAGAAGACAGGGCGCACCGAAUUGGGCAAUGCAGUUCUGUGAAUAUUCACUUUCUCAUUGCAAAAGGAACAAUGGAUACUCUGAUGUGGGCGAUGCUGAAUCGCAAGGCCAAAGUUACAGGCAGCACCUUGAAUGGCAAGAAAGAGAAAAUCCAGGCUGAAGAAGGUGAUAAGGACAAGUGGGAUUUCUUGAGUUUUGCUGAGACCUGGACCCCAAAUGAAAGUCUAGAUGAUCCCAGAAAUGAACUUUUAUUUACGCAUUUUGAAAAGGAAAGACAGCAUGACAUACGUUCUUUCUUUUCCCCAAAAUCCUCCUCUGAGAAGAAACGCAAAAUAUUUGCUUGUAAUGAACCAUUACAUAAUGAUUCAGAGUCUUCUGAAAUCACGAAAGGGAAUGCAGAGAAGAGCAGAGAAAACCUGGAUUCCACAAGUGAUGUGGAUACAGUUUGUCAUGAAAGUACCUGUGAACGUGAAGCUAAAAGAGCAAGAAGCAUAAGUGGGUCUACUCUGCUCAACUCCAGCAAGAAAAAGGAAAAAUCUUUGACUGGAAAAAAGCCCUCUUUGUUUUCAGAAAAAAACAAUGAAGUUCCUUGUGGCUUAAACACUUUAAGCAAAAGUACAUCUUUAAAUAAAGUCUGGCAGUGUAGUGCUUGCACUUACAGUAAUAGUGAAUUCCUCCCUUAUUGUGAAAUGUGCAAUUGCCCUCAAAGCAAUAACGUUGAGAGAAAUUGUGAAUCUCCCACUUGCCAGACUGAGGAAGAUGUGUCAAAGGACUCCAGAAGAAAUGAAGAGAGAGCAGAGUGCAGUGCUGAAGACGGAAGGGAAGCUGUUGGGGAAACUGUGACCCAGAAUUUUGUUAAAAUUCACAAUCGGGGAACUUCUGAAAUUGAAAAUGAGGAAAGUGAUGAAGCGUGUGAAGCUGUAGAUAAAUCAGAGAUGUUAGAAAUAUAUGAUGGGCUUAUGUUUUGUGCAAGCAGGAAUACUGAUAGAAUUCACCUCUAUACAAAGGAUGGUGAGCCACUGAAUCAUAAUUUCAUUCCGUUGGAUAUACAGCUGGAUAACUGGGAGGAUUUACCAGAGACUUUCCAGCACAAACGAAAUCGUUUGCUGAUCCUGCGCUUUGUGAAAGAAUGGAGUCGCCUGACAGCCAUGAAACAGAAGAUUGUCAGGAAAAGCGGGCAGAUAUUUUGUAGUCCUAUUCAUGCUGCAGAGGAGCUGUCUAAGAAGCAGUCAGUGGCCAGCAGCACAAAAAGAUACGUGACCAAGGAGGACGUGGCAGCAGCCUCUCUGAGCAAAGCCAGCAGCAGUGGGGGCAGCGUGCGCCUCAUCUCCAGAGAAAGGGGGGGCUGUCUGACAGACAACAGCGCUGCUGCUGAACAGUCAGCUCGUGCCACCAAGUCUCUUUCAGAAGGCAGAGAAGGCCCACCCGCUCUCCCUUUGGAGCAGGCUCAGGCUGAAGGCUCCUCCCAGCCCAAAGGCUAUCUCCAAGCCUUGGACAGCCAGGGGAACCCCCUCUGCCUCAGCUGCCAACAGCCUACAGCACAGGGGGAGCCAGGCUGCCAGGCCCGCGCCUGGGACACGCGAUUCUGCUCGCACGCCUGCCAGGAAGACUUCUCCAUUCGCUCCAGCCAGAGCUACCUGAGGACUAAAGUGUUUGAAAUUGAACGUGGCGUUUGCCAGUUCUGUCACCGAAAUGCCCAGGAGCUUUAUCUUAGCAUCAGAGAUGCACCCAAGAGUCAGCGUAAGAAACUUUUGGAGAGUUCUUGGAUGUCUCACCUUCCACUUGGGCAGCUGAAUGAGAUUAUAACCAACCCCUCAGAAGGCCAGUUCUGGCAGGCAGACCACAUCAAGCCUGUUUACAGCGGAGGAGGACAGUGCUCCCUGGAAAACCUGCAAACCCUGUGCACAGCCUGCCACAGAGAGAGAACUGCAAAGCAGGCCAAGGAACGAAGCCAGAUGAAGAGACGUUCUUUAGCUACAAAGUAUGGCUGUGAUAUCACAAAAUUUUUUGUGAAGAUGUAA